UCUUUCAAAGAAACCGUAAAUAAUGGUUUCAUUUUAAUAUCUCUCUAAUGAGGUAUGAUUUAUAUAUCUAAUUCUUUUCUAACCAAACUUACACGGGCCUUUUACAAAAAGCACGCCCCACAUGGCGAUAUGUUAGUUGGGGCUAAAUGGCUUCCGAUGCCCUGGCUUUGAAGAUAUUUUUUAUAAAAAAAUUCGCUGCUCACCUUUGGAUGAAAAGGGUUUCUAAUACUAAAAAACUUUCUUACAUCGAAAAAAAAAAUAAAACAGGUGAUGAUAAUAAGGUUGCAGUAACUCCAGAUAAACUAAAGGAAAGGGAACUUAACGAUGAUGUUUCCUAUUUUAAGAUUUUAAGUUGGAAUGUUGCAGGACUGCGCUCAGUUCUUAACUGCGAAAAAAAACUAUUUACUUUCAAGGAAGUUAUUUUAAAGUACAAACCAGAUUUAUUUUCUUUGCAAGAACAUAAACUACAGGAAAAAAACGCCGAAGUAAAGCUCCGCAUGGAAGAACUUUUUCCAGACUAUCAAUCUUUCUGGGUUUUUAGCACAGUUAAAAAGGGCUACUCAGGGGUGGCGGUGUUUAUAAAACACAGCGGAAUCGACUUAACACAGCUAACGAGUACGGACAAACAAAGGAGUAUAACCAAUUAUGCCCAGAAAAACACUUCGCCUAACACUUCUGGCGAACAUUUUUUUUUACUAAAUAAGGAGUCUAUGCCUCACGAGUCUUUCAGAGUUAUAAGUAUUAGCUAUCCUACAAUACAAGGUGCUCAGGCAGAAGGCCGUGUAGUUUUAGUGGAGUUAAAAAGCUGUUAUCUAUUUUUGGUGUACGUACCCAACUCUGGUGUGCGACUCGAGCGGCUUUCGUAUAGAGUAGAACAGUGGGACACUCAACUACUGGCUCUAUUAAAAAAAUACGAAAAACGAAAACCCGUGGCACUUAUCGGCGAUCUCAACGUAGCCCACUGCGACAUUGACAUCUACAAUCCCACAGCAAAGCAUAUCGCGAAAACGGCCGGAUGCACUCGAGAAGAAAGGGAAUCGUUUGGCCGCUUACUGGAUAAUGGGUUUGUGGAUUCCUUUCGGUUUUUCUAUCCAGAAAGUAAAGGCCACUACACUUACUGGUCUCAACGGGCUAAUAACCGCCCAUACAAUCGUGGGCUUCGGUUGGACUACUCUGUUGGCUCUUGCGCAUUGUUUAAUUAUGACGAACAAGAAGCCGCUGGCGUAUUUAUCUAUGACUCACAGAUACUUUCGUCGGAAGGCACCUCCGUGGGAGACCAUUGCCCCAUACUAUUAACUUUGGGUAGUAAAAAGUAA